AGGCAAGUUGGCUACUGAUUUUAUGGCUAAAACUACUGGAUAUUCUGUUAAUCUCGCGUUUAUAAACUCGUCUUUUAUUUUGAAGACGUGUUUGUUUACAGUUCCUUUAGGCUUUUACGCACGCUUUACGCACGGCAUUUUACCCGUGUCCCCGGUUCAAUUGAGCUGCCUGAAUCGAUCCGAGACAAACCAGGACCCGGAUUUGCUUUUCUGUUACGUCCUCGUGAAUGUCACUUCUUUAAUUCGCCGUCUUUUUGCACGUUUUUAAAUGCAUUCGUGUCGCUCUCCAUUUGGUCGGAUGACGCCGUUUUGCUGCGACAGACAGACAGGCUUCGCUUCGGGGCUGCAGCCUUGCGUCAAAGCGGACCUCAAGCUAAACUGCAGCGACUAGGGCGAGAAUAGCACGAUUUUUUCAAACCUAGAGCCACUAAAUUCUGAAAAUGUCUACGAAACAUUUAGCGCACGACAUGACAGCAACGUUGCCCAUUUAGCUCGCGUCUUGUCACCCUCGGAUCCAAGCGCAUUGUAGAUAUUUUUGGAUAGCUCGCUCGCUUUCACAUGUCGUUUCUGUCUUCGGAUUGCAUCUGCCAAAUCGCCUCGUUAUCCAGUGUUAUUUUACGCUCUAGAGUGCAAUCCUCGGUCACAUUUUGUGAUAUUUUAUGAAUCGUAAGCAUGGAUUUAAAUUUUUACUCGGAUCUCACUGACGGAACGGGUCAAAACGAUGCUGAGUUCUUGGAUCCUCAUUCGUUUAAUGGAUUUGACACGGACAACAAGUUUCCCGGGGGCAGUGACAACUACUUGACCAUUUCAGGACCAGGACACCCCUUCUUGUCCACUUCAGAGUGCGCCACUAAAACCAUAGACCUCUUCGGCCUCGCUGGAUCCUCUGGUGGAACAUUCCACACACCGAGUUUAGGCGAUGAGGAGUUCGAAAUUCCGCCCAUCUCCCUGGACCCUGACUCGGCACUGUCCGUGUCCGAUGUGGUGUCUCAUUUUGGGGGCUUGAGCGACCCGGGGGCCCCUGAUGGCGUGGUGGUACCAGAGAACGCAGUGGUGGAGGGAGAAGAUCCGUCAUUUGCCUCCACCUACGGCUCCUCCCAGGGCCUCGAACACUUGAACUUAGCUGUGAUGAACCAGGCUGCUGGGAGCGCUCUGCUGGGGCCCUCUCUCGGCAUGGACCUGGGUCACUCCAUGGGCUCACAGUUCGACAGCUCCUCUCCGGUCACCAUCGACGUGGGGCUGCUCGGGUCCAGUCAGUUGACCACCAUCGACCAAUCAGAGCUGAGUACGCACCUGGGGCUGGGGUUGGGGGGCGGGCCCAUGUUGCCCAGAGCGACAGAGGAAAACCCGCUCUCUGCCACGGCGUCACCCACCAGCUCCCUGCACGAUGACGACAUGGACGACUUCAGGAGUGUUUUGGUGGAGUCUCCGGUUUCCCUCUCCGUCUCUCCUGGGGUCAUCUCCUUGGACUCAUCCCUGUCUGAAGCUCCAGACUCCGGCUACACCUCUACGGUUUCUCCUGCCCCUGCACGGAAAGCAGGAGGGGGCAAAAAGGGCAAAGGCAAAAAGAAGGACCCCAAUGAGCCACAGAAGCCCGUGUCUGCGUAUGCCCUCUUUUUCAGAGACACUCAGGCAGCUAUUAAAGGACAGAACCCCAACGCGACGUUCGGAGAAGUGUCCAAGAUCGUGGCCUCGAUGUGGGACAGUCUGGGAGAGGAGCAGAAACAGGUUUACAAAAGGAAGAAUGAAAUUGCCAAGAAGGAGUAUUUGAAAGCUUUAGCUGAGUACAGAGCCAAUCAGCUGAACACAACGCCCAUCGAGGUCAUGGACACGUCUCCGUCUCCGCCCCCUCCCGCCCCUGUCGCAGCAGCACCUGUCACCACAGCACCUGCCACUACAACAACCCGGACCACCCGCUCUCAACACUACAACCCCGAAGAAAACACCAUCACCAACAUCUGCACCUCCAACAUCAUCGUGGACCUGCCCCAAGUGACCACACGCUCACGAACCGGCGCAAUCAAACCCACACCGCUGCCCCCCGAUUCGCCGCCAUCCCCCCCGCCGCAAGACCCGCCCACAGUCACCAAAAUCAUCAUCAAAUCCACGCCGCUGCCCUCUGGUGGCGUGUCGGUCACAGCGACACCUGCCCCCUCGACGCGCCAGCCCCCUCCCCUCAGCGCCCCGCCCCCUCCGCGGCUACAGCAGAUGGUCCAUGCACAGACUCCGCCCCCUCUGCAGGCCAAACCGCGCGGCACAGGGUCGACAGGUGCGGCCGCCAAAGCCCCGCCCCCACUUCAGAUCAAAGUGGUGCCGCCGCAGUCGUCUGGGAGACAAGAUGCGGUCUCCGUGGUGAAGAGGGAGGAGCCUGUGAUGGUAGAGGUGGGAGGGAGCGCCGCCGUGGUAACGAAGACCGAAGACGGAGCUGAGGCAGAAGAAGGGAUGGAGGUGGAGGUGAACGUGGCUCCCGGCCCCACAGCGCCCCCUGCUGUCAGCCCGAGCAUCUGCGUGCGUGCCGGCUGCACAAACAAAGCCGUGGAGAGUAAAGACUGGGACCGAGAAUACUGCAGCAACGAGUGUGUGGCUACGCACUGCAGGGACGUGUUCAUGGCCUGGUGUGCGAUCCGCGGACAGAACUCCACUACUGUUACAUAGAAAUACCCACAAUGCAAAGGACCUUAACACUGGACUUUAACAAGACUAUAAUAACUACAAAGGAACAAAUCAAUUAGCGUGAAUGGACUAACGAAGCCAUCGUCAAUUUUACCCCAAUAUCAUUGGAUUUGGAAAAUCUGCCAUCCAUACAGGAAAACUAAAAAAAAAUUUGAGAUUUUUUGACAAGGAGCAGUGGAUUUUGGUGCUUAAAAAGACUUGGCAAAAGCUAUGAACUUUGUAUUGAAAAUACGGAUUGAAUUAAUAUUUUAUAUUAAAUGAUAAUGAGUUUUAAAUUUGAGGGAGAAAAAAGCUGAAUUUUAGUGAAAAUUCUGCAGAUCUGUUCUGUUAAAUAAUUCCAAUUGGCGCUCUUAUUUUGUGAUCACUUUUUUCCCAUGUGUAUUUUGUACUUAAUUUCUCAUGAGGUGCUUCCAUAUUGAGAAACAGUUACUUUUUGUUAUGAAUGAAAAAAUAUGUAAAAUUAACAACUGGACUAAGCACAAGCCGUUUUCAGCCCUAUUGAAAAUGAAUAGGUUACAUUUAACAAGAUUUUAAUGAAGAUGAAGAUAGGUUGUAUCAUGUGAAGGAGACUACAGUGAAACAUGGAGCUGGGGAACAGAAUCCUGUGGUUGUUUUUGCUGUUCAAAUGACAGAUGCAGAUUUGUUGACCUGCUUUAUGGUUAAAAUCUCUGUAAUUACUGGACCUAUCCAUAUGAAACAAAAUGUGGCACAAAGUUCAACGUGUCCUCUGUCAGUAUAGAUAAGGAAAAGUUAAGAUUAUUUUCACAUUUAGGCAUCAAGAAGUACUGACAGUAGUGAUUCGUAUGGGAAAUUUGGGAAGCCAGUCACUGACCCCAAAUUAUUUUAUUUUAUUUAUUAAAUUAUACAUUUCAGUAUUUUCAGUGGAGAUUUCCUUCAGAAAUUGCCCUCCAUCUGACAUUAUGACAUCAAAUCAUAGAAAGUGUGUGCAACCUAUGAAUUUUGAUUGUUACAAAUCUUUAAAAUAUUUUGUCAAAAGUUUAGCUUACAGUUAAACUUAAAUGAAUUGUCCCUGCUCCUUAAUUUAAUUUAGGUCAUUUGUAAAAUAUUUUCCCAGUUUUAUUUUCCAAUGGUAAAUGACUGUUGAUGAGCCAUGUAAACCAAUAGCCAAUGAGAGGAGCACGUCUGUUGAACUUUGCCACUCAGAAUUAUGAAAUGUUACAUUUAUUUGGUUAAAAUCAUUUUUGGUUUUUGAAAUUAUUUGUAACACCAUUCAAUACUGGUGUAGUUAAAAUCCAUAACUCUUACUGUAUAGUGCUACUCCCUGGAAUUCAACAUUAUUAAGGCCUCAUUAAGCUAAAUAAACAAUACAGGUGCUAAAUUAGUUGUUCCUAUAACAUGGCAAUGAAAAAAGCCAUUACAAAUCGAUAAGAUUGAUUUUUUUGUGUGUAUAAAACUGUCCUUUUUCAAGGACAAAGCACCACACCAGCUCAGACAAAGCUGCUGUUGGAGAAAGGGAAAAUAAAAUCUUUUAUUUAACA